GUUGUCUAGCUCUAUAAAUUUUGUAAGGCACUUGGAGGGCAUAGAAAGUGGAUACUCAUGCAACACAUUUUAUUGGAGACACCUAUCGUUGACUAAUUGAAUUAAAAGUGUGAUAUUGCUUUAAGAAGAAGGAUAGAUAGAUAGAUACAAUUACAAAUCAGAGGAUGGCCCGUAAGGUGUUUGAACUUGAUAAACAUGAGGAGGAGAGUAUCAAUCCUUGCACAAGAGAUGGAUCAAUUGAUUAUUAUGGAAAACCAGCUAUAAAAGCUAGAACAGGUGGAUGGAAGAGUGCCUCAUUGCUGUUAGUGAAUCAACUACUAGUUGCAUUAGCUUUUACUGGAGUUGAGGUGAAUUUGGUUCUCUUUGCAAAGUUAGUACUGAGACAAAGUAAUGCUGAGUCAGCAAACACUUUUAGCAGAUGGAUGGGAACUACUUAUUUCUUCUCUUUAAUUGGAGCUUUUAUUAGUGACUCAUACUUGGGAAGAUACCUCACUUGCAUCAUAUUUCAAGUUGUGUUCAACAUUGGAUUGGUGAUAUUAUCCUUAUCAACUCACUUCCUUUUACUUAAACCUAAAGGAUGUGGAAAAAUAGGAUUUCUAUGUGAUCCUCAUUCACCACUUCAUGUUGCAAUACUUUACAUAUCAAUAUACCUAAUAGCUUUAGGAAAUGGAGCUGCUGAUCCUGCUUUGGCAACAUUUGGUUCUGAUCAGUUUGAUGAGGAAGAACCUAAAGAAGAAAAAUCUAAGACCUUAUUUUUCAGCUACUUUUAUGUGGCAUUGAAUCUAGGAUCAUUGGUAGCCGAAACAGUACUGGCUUACAUAGAGACUACAGGAAAUUGGGUGCUUGGAUUUUGGAUAUGUGCCGGUUGCGGCGGUUUUUCAUUUCUCAUUUUUAUGACUGGAACUCUCAGAUAUCGGCAGAUGAAGACGUCUCGAAACCCUAUCUCGAGGUUUGCACAAGUUUUUGUGUCUUCAAUGAAGAAAAUAAAAUUUCAAGUACCUGCAAAUGGAGAAGGUCUCUAUGAUGUUCAAGAAGGGAGUGAUCCAAGUGUUAGGAGAAUGCAUCACACUAAGGGCCUCAGGUUUCUUGAUAGAGCAGCUAUUAUUUCUACUAAAGAAAAGAACCAAUUGCUAGAGAAAGCUGAAAAUCCAAAUCCUUGGAAACUCUGCACUGUGACACAAGUUGAAGAAGUGAAAUGUAUUUUGAGACUAUUGCCAGUUUGGUUAUGCACCAUCUUCUCCUCCGUCGUCUUCAUACAAAUGCUUUCUCUAUUCGUCGAGCAAGGCUCAACAAUGAACAGAAAAUUUUACAAGUUUGAAAUCCCUCCUGCAAGCAUGACAGCAUUCGACAUCAUUAGCACAUCAGCAUUCAUCAUGUUAUUCGACAUUCUCAUCGUUCCAUUAUACGUGAAAGUCAUCAAAAGAGAUCCGAAACUUCCUAGCGAACUACAAAGAAUUGGAAUCGGACUAUCCAUUACAAUACUAGCCUUGAUUGUCGCCGGUUUGGUAGAAAGAAAAAGGCUCGAGUUUGCUAGCAAAGACGGAAAAGAGACGAGUUCUUUGAGUAUCUUUUGGCAAAUACCACAAUAUGUGCUUGUAGGAGUAGCAGAAGCAUUUGUAUAUGUAGCACAAAUGAACUUUUUUACAGCACAAGCACCAGAUGGAUUGAAAAGCUUGGGAAUGGGGUUAUCAAUGUCUUCAUCGGCAGUUGGUAGUUAUGUUGCCAACACGAUUUUGACUGUCGUAAUGAAAAUCACUUCGACUCAUGGACGACCUGGUUGGGUUUCACCUAAUCUAAAUGAUGGUCAUUUAGAUUGGUUUUUCUUCUUGUCAGCAUGUUUAACAGGUAUUAACUUGAUAUUUUAUAUUGUGUGUGCAAGAAGAUAUAAGUUGAUAGAAUUGGAGAAGAGAGAAGAGGCAAAGGAAGAGGAAGUUGUGAAUUGAUUUGAGAGUAUGGAAGCAAAAACUUUGGUGGCAGAAGGUGAGGUAGCAAGGAAAGAAAAUAGAGUAAUAUUUGUCACAUGGUUUUUUUUUGGACUAUGUUUUUAUACUUUAUAGUUUUAUAUGGAAACAGAUUCUUAAAAAUGCUAGACAUUACAUUAAAUAUUGUUAUAGAGCCUAAAAACUUGUAGUCCAAUUGAUACUAGAAAAUUGUAGACUUGCAGGGAUGAAAAUUGGCAUGGUUGAAGUUAUGUGACUUAUCUUAUGGUAUAUCAAUUUUAGUUUAA